AUGGCAAACACUGCGGAUGCAGGUGCGAGAGCCGAAAGUACAAUGACAUGGCAGACUCCUCCCCUCCCUGCGCUGCAGAAUCCACCACCUGCCACUGGUAGCUUUCCCGUUACCCUCUACGUCACCAGUGUUCCUUUCACAACCGUCACAAUUCAGUACCCUCUCAGUUUGGGCGUGUUGUUUGGCAAAGGCCAGACAUUAAAGCCCGGUGAGAUGAAAACAGAUAGUGCCUUGACUCUGUCAUACACAGAUGCUCCCCCACAGCUUCUGUUCCAGUCUGGUACUAUUGUAGCUGGUCCAACUCCCAGUGUGAUAGCGUCUUCUGCUCCAGCAAUAAAGACGUCGGCAAAACCUGAUCUUCCUCAAGGAACCGCUACAAAGACAACUUCAGAGGCAGCCGCUUCACCUAGCGCCUCUAAAGGCAGUUCGCAAUCUACCAACAGUGGUACCGGGCUUUCCACAGGCGCCAUCGCUGGUAUCGCAAUAGGCUGCCUUGCCGCCGGUGCUCUCAUCGCGGGUCUAGUUUUCUGGUUCUGUUGGCGCAGAAAGAGGGCGUCAAAAGCUAAAUAUUCGCAAGCGGAUACGUACGCAUCAGCUUCGCAUGAGAAAGGUUUUUCGACAAAUACGAUACCAUUGACCGGGCAACGACAUGUAGCAACUCCUCUUGGAGGUGGACUUCCCCAGCCGCUAGAGGAUAAAGCCAUCUCUGGUGAUGUUUCAAAGAUCAGCAACGCUAUUAAGAAUCAUGUCCAAAGUUAUUAUCAUACCAGCCAGGUCAAUCCUGGUCUCAUUGAUUAUGAUGACCUUCAGGCACUUGGAUCCAAUCUACCUAUCUCGGUGGGAACGCUCACUACAUUGCUGGGAAAUACUGCCACUAGGGAGAUUGCUUUGAGAUUCAUUAUCGCUUGGGUGAUUGUUUCAAAGAUUCAGCCUUCGAAAGACCCUUCAAAGACCCUUCUGCCGUCUGAAGUCGCCGAUUGUUACCACGCAAUUUCAACCGGAGAUCGCAGCUUUCAAGGUCAAGCGUCGUUGACGGCACGCUGGAGGGUAAUGACUGCGGAGUUGAUGCAGUCCAGCUACGUUCGCAAUCCCUUCAGUCCUUCCGACAGUCGACAUGCAAGUAUACAAGCAACUCUUGCGACAUUAGAUAAUGUACUGCAGCCAUACGCCGACACUCGUAUGAACAACGGAGAGCGCAAGCGAAAUCUCGAAGAACUUCUCAAACGAGCUGCACUUUUUGCCUUCACGCUGUUCUCUCAGCCCAGCGCAUGGGAAUUUGAGUGGCAGGAGGAACAAGGUGUUACUUCAGGGGAUUUGUGCAUUUUCCCCUCUCUUAUGCAAGUGGCAGGCGAGACCGGCCAAGCAGUCAACCCACCACGACCGUUCAGCGAGGCUGUAAUCAGACGGUUGGAUGCCUGA